UUCACACCAUUAAUUUUCUUUUGCAAAAAUGUCGCUAAUUGACAAUACUUUAAUCAAAGUGCACGCCCGCUUGCGUGAGCGCAACAUCAAGCUGUGGGAGGAGCCCUUCUACUUCGAGGGCAUCGGCAGCAUUGAGUCUGAGCUGGAGCGUUUGGCGCAGGAAAUGAGCACGGAGCUGGGCAUCAGUGUGUCCGGCUGCCAGAGCGCGCUGUCCGAGAUACAGAACGGGAGGCUGCGCAAGUUGGCGGCCAGCCGUGAGUUCCAAGAGACUGGGCUGGCCACGUUCUAUGUGCGCUGCGGCACAGCCCAAAUGAUGGAGAUCAAGUGCCCGAUGUCUGGCUUGGGCUCGGAGCUGCGGGACAAAGUGGCACAGCGGCUGCAGCUGAGCGGUGGCAGCCACAUCAAGAUCAUCUCCGCCGGUCGCGUACUCAACGGCCAGCAGUCGCUCGCCUCGCAGGGCCUGGAAAACCACCAACAGCUGAUGGUUGUGGUGGGUCAAUGGCGGGGCAUUGAGGUGGCUGGCGAGCGCCUCCAAAAGAUACGCCAAGACAUUUUGCUGAUUGUCGCGUCGGAUUACCGCAUUGUGGAUAAUUCUGAAAAGGCCGGCAAUCCGAAUGUUCUGCCAGAAGCAGAGCUCCUCACCCUGCUCAGGGCGAUCAGUUUCAUCGAGAAGGGCCGAGCCGCCAUGUUCCGGGAGGAGUACGACGUGGCCCUGCUGCUCUUGCUGGAGGGUGACGAAUACUUCUCCAGCUGCCGUUCCUAUCUGCCUGCCUCGCUGGAGGCCGUGGACAACUGUGCGCUGAUCAAUCUGGACAUUGUCUGGUGCUAUUUGUGCCUGAAGAACAUCUCCCAGCUGCCGGAUGCCCAGCGGCGUUUGGAAAUCUGCGAGAAGAAGUUUGGACGCACCUACGGCGAUAAUCUCGAGAGCUUCAAUGAGAUGAACUCUCCGAAUCGGGCGCUGAUCAUGCGCCUCCACCUGCUGCAGGGCGUUGUCUUGUUUCACAUGAAUCGCCGCGACGAGGCCCACGAGCGACUGGAAUUGGCGGCCGAUGCUCUGGCCGAGCUGAAGGUCGACCCGGAGCUGCUCCAGCAGAUGGUGGACAUGGGAUUCAAUGAAUCGGAUGCCAGGGUGUCCCUGCGCGCCACCGCCGGCCGCAUUGAUCGAGCCGUGGACUUUAUCAGCGAACGCAAGAAGAAGCUCAAUGAGGGACGAGACGAGACUCUGCAGUGGAGACGGGUCCACAGUGAUGGUGGUGGUGUCUGCCCCCCUGCUGUCUGUCGCCUCAUUGACAUGGGCUUUGACCAGCAGCUGGUGGUAGAGGCAUUGAAGCGCACCAAAAACCAUCUGGAACACAGCAUUGAACUACUGCAGCAUAAGGCAGACGAGCUGCGUGCCAAUCUGCCCGCAGUCAAGCCCGCGGAUGAGGCACUGCUCGCCACACUCCAACAACUCGGCUUUUCAUUGGCCAGAGCCCGUGUGGCGCUUGAGACUACAGAGAACAACUUGGAGGCAGCCAUUCAGUUCCUAUUGAAAAUGUUGUCCGAAGAGGUGCUACGGAGCAUCAUUGAAGCGAUGACACGCCUGCUGGAAGAUCAGGCUGCAUCGGGCUCACAAACUGCACCGCCAGCACUCGUCCAAACCGUGAUCGAGCAGGCCAAGUCCAAGUUGGAGUCGUACACAGCCAUUCAACGUUUCAAAGCGGAGCUUAAAGGCAACGCCAUGAUGUACUUGGACUUGCCAUUGAAGCAGGAGGAGCAAAUACUGAUGGAGUACAAGAACCUGUUGGAUAUUUAACAGAUUUCACUUUAUCAUCAAUUGU